AUGUCUAUCUUAUACAUUCUUACUCUAGCGGUUGCCGCCUACGCCCAGGUGCAAAACUCGAGCACCACUGACGUGUCAACCGACUCGCUGUCGAAAAAGCUCCAACCCAUCAAUUACGGCGCGUUCACGCAAACCGCCACCUAUUCAGUGGCUAAUCAACUUGGAUUCUUCCAAGCCUAUGGUCUCAAUGUCACCUAUCUUCAAGUCCCAAACUCGACAUAUGGGUACAACCAAUUACUUAAUGGCGGAUACGACAUCAUGACGGGGACUGUCGACAACGCUGUCAACCUUCGCUUCAAUCAGCAGCAGCCACUCACAGUCACGGGUCAACUCGACGGCGGACCGGAGCUGACGAUUGCAUCGAUCCCUUCCAUCACUUCUAUUAGUCAACUCAAAGGCAAGGCCUUGAUGGUGGAUUCUCCCGUGAGCGGAUACGCGUACAUCCUUCGAAAAGUUCUUGCUUUGUAUGGGCUUUAUCUUGAGAACGGCGACUAUACCUUCCAAGUUGUUGGUUCGACAGUGAUCCGAUAUGCCGACCUUGUCAACGGUUCUCUUCCUGAUGGUACUCCCGUCUACGCCACAAUCUUUACGUAUCCCUUCACAAGCGAAGGAAGCGUCCUCCCUGCUGCACAACGGCCUAAUAUUCUGGCUUCAAUUGUCGACUUCAUCCAACCAUUCACUUCCUCGGCAUUUACCAUCCGAGAGGAUGCUCUCAACAACUCCACGCAGCGUGCGCUUGCGAGGAAGUUUACAUCAGCAAUGUACGCAGCAAACAAGUACCUAGCGAGCCCUUCCCACAAAACGUGUUCGAUCAACUCGAUCGCGAAGCAGCUCAACGUAUCAACGGCCGCAGCCACUUCUGCGUACAAUUCUGCGACAGACCCAUUGACCGGCGAGACGUCAUCUCCAGGCGGAAAUUUCACGGUCAACCGUCAAGGCAUAUUGAAUGUGAUUGAUGUCCGGAGUCAGUUCGGCGGCUUCUCGUCGGUGCCUACAGGCUUCAGCUAUGCAGAUGCCAUCAUUCCGGGAACGGGUCAGCUCAUCGACUACUCUCUCCUGGAUGAAGCAUUGAGCUCUCUGGUCUCAUAUACGCCGUCCAGCAAAUGCUGA